ACCGCUGGGGGCAGCAAUACUGUCAUGUACCACAGGGGGCAGCAGCGCGCACUGACGUCCAUCAUUUUCCCCAGAAGAAGAAUCCCAAACACAAAACAUGGCGGGGCACGAAAACCAGCACAAAACAGAAAAUCUGGAACUUUUUCUAGAAGUUCCCUUCCCGUCCUCACGCCACGCCACCAUCGCUCUGCGCUCUCUAAAUCCAGACCGCGAGCCGAGAAAAGGAGGCAUCAGCAAGCAUCUGUCGGUGUCUGGAAGGACGUUGUCCGUGAGGUGGAGCGCCGACGAAGCUCGGAUCCUCCGUGUAUCCGUCAACUCCUUCCUGGACAACCUGACCCUGGUGACGGAGACCAUGCAGAUGUUUCCCAUGGACACUUGAGCCAAAGGAAGGUUGUGUGUCGUUUUGUCCCGCCUCUGUGGAGGUUACUUUGUGUCAUUACUACUAAAGCUUUGUUCUGACACUGAAAUAAUUUGUGUUUUUUGUUUACAUUUUGCGAACUGAAUUCAAGCUGUAAAUCAUUGAAUAGAAAAUUGUGAGAAAAAUGUGUUUUAAAAUUCCGAGCAAAAAUAUAUGUUGGUUCAAAACUCACCUGAUUGGCUGGGAUUGAUUGCUUCAUUCUUAAUUGUCCUAAAGUGAGUUUUGAAGCAACAAAUAUUUUUGCAAUUCAUUUUAAAAUGCAGCUUUUUUUCCCUGAAGGCCCAAGAUGUUUGUUUACAUUAGAGAUGUCCGAUAAUAUCGGUCUGCUGAUAUUAUCGGCCGAUAAAUGCGUUAAAAUGUCAUAUCGGAAAUUAUCGGUAUCGUUUUUUUUAUUAUCAGUAUCGUUGUUUUUUUAAUUAUUUUUUUUAAUUAAAUCCACAUAAAAAACACAAGAUACACUCACAAUUAGUGCACCAACCCAAAAAACCUCCCUCCCCCAUUUACACUCAUUCACACAAAAGGGUUGUUUCUUUCUGUUAUUAAUAUUCUGCUUCCUACAUUAUAUAUCAAUAUAUAUCAAUACAGUCUGCAAGGGAUACAGUCCGUAAGCACACAUGAUUGUGCGUGCUUGUGCGUGCUGCUGGUCUACUAAUAAUACUAACCUUUAGCAGUUAAUUUUACAAAUUUUCAUUAAUUACUAGUUUCUAUGUAAGUGUUUUUAUAUUGUUUUACUUUCUUUUUUAUUCAAGAAAAUGUUUUUAAUUUAUUUAUCUUAUUUUAUUUGAUUCAUAUUUUUAAAAAGUACCUUAUCUUCACCAUACCUGGUUGUCCAAAUUAGGCAUAAUAAUGUGUUAAUUCCACGACUGUAUAUAUCGGUUGAUAUCGGUAUCGGUUGAUAUCGGUAUCGGUAAUUAAAGAGUUGGACAAUAUCGGCAUAUCGGAUAUCGGCAAAAAGCCAUUAUCGGACAUCCCUAAUUUACAUGCUUUUUUUCUUUUCUCUUUGCUAUUUGGGCUUAUUGGACCCUAAUUAGAAUACAAACUAAGAAUCAUCUUUUGAUAUGAUGUACUUAGUCCAUAAGUACACAAACGUUUACUUCAUGUUUAGUGACAUGCUAAUUCUUAUUUUUACACUUUUUUCCCCCAAAUUCCAUUGUAUGUUAUACUCUUCUGACACCACCGGAUGGCAGUAUAAGCGGCCAUAAGACCCCAAUUCAGUAGUGUACACAAUUUUGGAAAUAAGAGCUAAAAGGUGCUGUCCACACAUGUGGCCACUAAGCCUUUAGAGGUUCACACACUUUUCAUUCAAUGAAAUUGCCAGCUUAGUUUGAUGUAAAAAAUUCAGUUUACAAAAUUCAAACGCAAAAAAGUUCCAUGCCCAAAAAAACUUUUGUAAUCGAGACACAAAUGAACCUCCAUGCGCCUCCCUUUAAUUCGUCCUUCCUACUCUGACCUAAAAACAUUGACCAAUGAACUUCUUUGUUUACGACGACGUCAUCGCGGUUCAUGUGAACGUGGUGACAGUAACACACCAGCAGGGGGCGAGAGACAACAACAAUGUAUAGACUGGCUCAAUGACAAUUUCAUUUUUAAUGCAUGAUCAAAAGUUGAUACUUGAUGAGUCAUCUUUAUCAUAGCUACAUAAAGUUUGUUGUUGUACGAUCUA